AUUUACGUAUACUAUACACUUCAUCGCCUAAGAUGGCGCUGAACACCCUCGAACGGCGACCUGCUUGCAGCGCGUUCUCGCGUAGGCGCGCCUCGCGGCCUUUCUGCACGUCGCGUCCAGUUUCAGUGCAGUGUCACGCACAAUCGGCCGGUCGCCGCGAGGUGCUGCAGCUCGGGGUUGCGCUGCCUCUGCUGCUGGCAGGGCAGCCGGCGUUUGCGGGGCCCGCCACGGAGGCGGCGCCUGCGGCCGCUGUGCGCCCCGCCCCCGCUCCUGCCGCAUCCAUCCCGGGCAUGGCCAGCCAGCCGUACCUGGACGUUGACUUCCAGCUGCUGCCGCCCAGUGCCUUCAACUUCAUCGACACGCAACCUGCCUACGACCCGGACCGCCGCGGCCCCGCGCCCGAGCCCAGCCCCGUGCGGGUGCGCUACGACUCGCCGGACGGCAACACGGUGCUGAGCGUGCUGGUGCGCAACGCCCAGAAUCUCAAGCAGUCCAUCCUGCAGACCACAGACAUCUCGGGGUUGGGCAGCCUUGAGGAGGCGGCCAAGCUGCUGCUGCCGCGCGGGUCGCGGGUGGUGGCGGGCAGUGUGCUGCAGGUGGCGCUGCCGCCGCGGCAGACUGCGCUGGGGCCGGUGGAGAUACCGCCCAAGAACUACUACAGGUAUGAGCUGACAACGCCCAACGGGCUGCACGUGAUCAUGUCGGUGGCGGCGCAGAAGGGCAGGAUCUAUGUGUGCGGCGGCAGCACACUGGAGGGAGAGGUGUGGGAGCGGGACGCGCCCGUGCUGCGCGCGGCCACCGAGUCCUUCCGCCUGCGCCUUGAUGGCGCCACGUUGUGAGGCAGCGGCGACGGCGGCGGCGGCGUGGGAUCGGAUGUGAGGAGGUUAAAAGCAGGUCCAGCAGGGCAGGGGCAAUCGGGGUAGCGCAUGAGGUGAAGGCGGUGAGCUGAGAGAGUGGUGAUUGGCAAUAGGGCAAUCGAGCAACAUGGCAACACGGCAAUAGGGUAACACAGCAAAAGUGCAGACGUGGACAAGGCGUACAGGGAUGGGCAGUUGGGCUCACAUGUUGGAUUACGAUUUGUUAUGACAGAGGUCAUGACUGAUGAGACGUCACAGAGCUGCAUGAUCAUGCGGCCGCGUGUUGGUUCUAUUAGGCGCACUGUGGAGCGACGUGAAAGCCCAGGGAAAAAUCGGUGAGGCGGUGAAGUUGGGAGGCAGUUUGUUAAACCUGACUUCAAU